UUCGUCAGCUGACAUUUUACUUGAUGUAAGACCUUACACUGAUUUACUCACAUUAAACGUAAAUAAGUAUAAUGGCUUUGCAUUCGGCAAUCAAAGGAAAAUUAAUCUCUGUUAUAGGGGACGAGGACACUUGUGUGGGAUUUCUUCUUGGUGGCGUUGGUGAAAUCAAUAAAAAUCGUCAUCCGAAUUUUAUGGUCGUUGAUAAAAAUACUGCAGUGAGCGAAAUUGAAGAUUGUUUUAAGCGUUUCUUAAAACGUGAUGACAUCGACAUAAUCUUGAUAAAUCAAACAUAUGCUGAGCUUAUUCGUCACAUAAUCGAUGCACACACUUCACCAGUACCAGCAGUUCUUGAAAUCCCAUCAAAAGAUCAUCCCUACGAUGCCAGUAAGGACUCUAUUUUACGACGAGCACGUGGUAUGUUUAAUCCUGAGGAUUUGGUGCGCUGAAUUGUAGCGCUACAUAUAUUUAAACUUGUUCAAUGUUCAAUAAAACGUAAAAAAAUAAA